GCGCUGCUCAAGCACGAGCUGGUGCAGCGCUCCCAGGCCGUCGCCGUGCAGGAGCACCACCUUCGCGGAGAUCAGCUCGCCUCGUGGGAGGUUUUGCGUUCGCCACGGUAUACUUGCAUCAUGGAAGGAGUUGGGCCCAAGAGUUGGAAGAUUCUCACGGACCUGGGUGCCCUGCUCAAGCAAAUCGAUCUGCCUUUCAUUGCGUGCGGUGAUUUCCAGAUGUUGCCGAGCACAUUGCAGGAAUCGGGCUGGGUGGACGCUUUGGAUGCGGGGUGCGUUGCGCCAGCGGGCGCCGCCUGCACCAACAGCUCUCAGGGUGCGGCCAGGUGCAUCGAUUUCUUUGUCAUCUCCAGAGUUUUGCAUCAAGGUGCCACGGCGCAGGUUUUGUUUGAUGGAGGCACCGCGCCUCACUUCCCAGUGCUGCUGCGAGUUCCCACGCGGAUGGCGGCCGACCUGGACUACAUGGUUACGAAGGUUCCGAAGCGGCUGCCGCUGGACAUUCCUGUGGGCUGCCGUCGCAAGGACCCGUCAGUGCUCUGGCCCACCUUCGACCAGCACGCUGCAGGCAUGGACCAAGUGGCGCUGCUGGCUGGGCUGCCGAGCGGGACUGGGCUGACAUCUAC